UCGGACUCGGAAGUCGGAACGUUUCGUCUGCGUCUGGUUCUGAUUUCUGAAACCGAUCUUUGUGUUCGGAAACAUCUGUUCAUGGUUCUGGAACCAGACCGUUAUUUCAGAAUUCAGACUUUGGACUUCACAAAACCCUCGAGACAGCCCCUUGUUGUGACAAACUUUGUACUUUCCCCUUGCUCCGGCCGCCGGAACCAGAAGUCCCACCUGGCACCUCCUCUCGCAGUUCACGUCUAAAAAUAUCAUACAUGAAGCUCUCUCUUAUACACAGGAUGGACUCCCAAUCUAUACAAAUUGAUGAUGACAGUAGGCAAUAUGAAAUGACCACAUGGACAGAUUCUCAAGAUAAGUGUUUAGAUUUGAUGGUCCAACAAGUAAAGGCAAAUAACAGGCCCACUUCUACUUUUGACACUAAAGAGUCGAAUCUUAUCAUGGAGAACUUUAACAAGAUCAACAACAAAGCCUACAAAAAGGAGCAGUUUGAAAAUAAGUAUCAUCAGUUAAAGAAUAUGCACAACAACUACUACACCCUUACUAAUCAUACAGGAGUCACAGUAGAUCCUCAAGCAAAGAGGAUAACAGCAAACGAGAGUGUCUGGGAUCACCUCUAUUCGUACAAGUGGGUUGAACAAAUGAGGAAAAAGGGAUGCCCACAUUUAGAGGAGUUAGACUUUAUUUUCUCAGAGAUGAGUCCGGCUGGAGAGAUGGAAUUUGGGAACAAUAAGGAGCCAGAACAUGUUUCAGAGGCACAAGUUCCAUGGGAUGCUUGUUCUUCACAUAACUCACCAAGUGAAUCAACUGCCAAUGCUUCCCAGUCAUACCAUGAUACUUCACCAUCCAGUGUUGGUCAAACCAGAAAGAGUGACUCAUCUUUGAAGAAGAGGAAGAAAACUCAGCAGUCUUCCAAUUUUAUAUAUGCCAUGCAAACAUGGGCAGAGUUGAACAAGAGCAAGCUAAGGUGGUAUAAUCUGGAAAUUGAAAAAAGAAUCAAGGCCAGCGCUGCCAGGCAACAAAUGCAGUCUAAGGAGAGGGAUACUUACUGGUUUCCAAGUUUUUUCAAAGCUUUACUUGAUACCAACUGUCACCGGGGCUAUUUAAUGAGGUCCCGGUUUUUUAUUGGAAGUUGCAACGGUCCCAGUAACAAGAAGAGUUACCUUGGGUGUAUGAAUCUUAAUGCUCUUUUAUCUUUCAAGAAAUAAGACAAUAGGAGAAGUUAAGCAAGCUUCUGCUUCGAUCUGUGUAGCUUUGAUUUAAGGAAUAAUUCAAGAUCGGACUUUACCUCU